CCAUGUGCUAUUCUCAUUCCACGGCGGCAGAAAAAAAAUAGCCAUGACACCGAUGGCCUCAGCAAAACUCUAGAACAAAGCCUCCCCUUUCCUGUCUCUCUUCCCCUCUCCGUCUCUCGCGCCCACAGCCGCACUAUUCCACUGUGCCCGCUGGUCCGCAAGAUGCGUUGCGCGCUUCAUCUCAAGAACAUUGGGGUUGGCCCUCCUUCCAUGCUUGCGUAUAUGCUGGCCUUGUCUGAAACCGCUAGCCAAGUCAUGGAUGCCAUGGCAUAUGUUUGUACCUACACUACUUUUACCCUUGCAUGCACGUGCAUUCUCUCCCGCCUGGUAGAUGCUGUCUGGUCUUUGUAUCUAGCUUCUCUCCUGUCGAUACAUAAUGUCACCAACCAUUCCCCCUUUCCCUACCUGGUUUUUAUUUUCUCCUCUUGA